UACACGCGCGCGCGCUAAAAAUGGACGACGAGGGCAACGACCAGACGACGGCGACGGCGGCGCAACAAGGGGGCGGCAAUCCCUUCAAAAUCACCGACUCGUCGCGCGAGACACGCAAAGGUGUGGUUGCCACCACGCUCGAGGAGCUCACCGCCAAGGUGUUGGAGAAGCUGGACAUUGAAGGCGAUGUUACUGUUGUUCUUGAAGCCGACGGCACAGAAAUCGACGACGACGAAUACUUCGCCACUCUGGAACCGCACACGAGUCUCAUGGUGCUGCGCAGCGAAGAAAAAUGGUCGCCACCAGUGCCGCCAUGUCGAUUAUCCUUCGAUGAACUGGACGAUGGUAAAGGUGGGCCUGAACUAGCCGGUCUAGUCGAUAAGAUAAAACACAAUCUCUGCCAUGUGUCACUACUCGGCGGGCCGGAACUUGAACUCCUCAGCGAUAUGGACCCGGACUCAUUCGCUGACCUCCACUUCCCCGACAAGGUCUUCCUCGAGCAGCUCAAGGAGGCAUCCGGGCGUUAUCUCAUCGAGAAACGCCAGGCUAAAGAGGCGAUGGACUUGCUGAAAAUAUUCCAGAAUCAGAAGGAGACGAUUGAGAAUCAAAACAACGAGAACUACUCGCUGCACAAGACUGAUUAAAGCGUAAGAAAGGAAUUGACCGAUACAGAUGAUAAGAACAAGUAGGAGACAGGUUACGUUUUCAAUUAAAUCAACACGUUAUGAUAGAUUUUGACUUAAGACUUGAUCCGAUUGCUCAAUAAGUUGACUAAAACACAAUUAUGCGUGUGUGUUUGGUUGCCGUGGUCUUAUGAUAUAUUCGCUUAUUUAAGAUUGAAUCAGUAACGAGUUAUGAUGUUUAAAAGUUACGAACGAAACACCAAAACGUUUUAUCGAUGAUAAUAAUAGCGUUAAACGUAGGCGAUUUUUAAAUGCGUGGUCAGAGUCAAAGCAAAAACACUCCACAAUACCUCCAAACCCUGCCCUUAAAUAUCUAAUUAAUAUUAAUAGCGUUAAUCACAACGGCUGGAAGGCGGUAGAUGAUGAGGGUUGGCGAAUUGUGUGGGAUACGGCCAUCGAUUUUGAAUUUUUAUCGAAUUGGAUCUUUUGAAUUAUUGAGUCUUUUAUUGUACAUGUAUAUCUUUAUAUAAAUAUUAUAUCUAUUGUAAAGGACAA